GAGCACAACGAGCACAACGAGCACGCCCUCUCCAACUAUAAUACCAUACUGAAAGCUCACAAUUUCCCGAAUCGCUCUGGCCGGCGACCCUUAAUGGCCUUCUUCACCACACCCACGUCAUUCAGACUCGCAAAUGGCAGUAAUGGCGUCGCCUCCAUCGUCAGCAGGUCCUUCACGGCCCGCCCUUUCGAUGGUUUCCAGCAGCCCGUCGUGAUGAGCCAUGAGGCGCAUCCGGAUCUCGGACGCCUCAUACUCCUCGUGUUCGAGGCCGUCAUGGAGGUCGUCUGCGUCAGCGUGCCGGGGUAUAUCAUCGCGAGACAGGGCAUGUUUAGUGCGGAGCAGCAAAAGUUUGUGGCUCACUUGAAUGUUAUGCUGUUCACGCCUUGUCUGAUCUUCACGAAACUUGCCUCUCAGCUGACGGCCGACACUCUUGCCGACCUCGCUGUGAUCCCAGUGAUCUUUGCCCUACAAACUCUCGUAUCAUACCUGGUCUCCAUUGGCGUGUCCAAAGCCUUCGGAUUAGUCAAGCGUCCUGCGAAUUUCGUCACGGCAAUGGGAGUUUUUGGGAACUCAAACUCCCUGCCGAUAUCCCUCGUUAUCUCUCUGUCACAGACCUUGAAUGGGCUACACUGGGACAGGAUACCGGGGGACAAUGACGACGAGGUCUCGGCGCGCGGCAUUCUUUACUUGCUCAUCUUCCAGCAACUCGGACAGCUGGUGCGAUGGAGUUGGGGAUACCAUGUUCUGUUGGCCCCACCGGAUCGGCUGGAGAUUGAAGAUGCGGCGGCUGUGGAGGAGGGGAGAUACAGAGAUGAUGAUGGGAGCCAGAGCCACUCGUCGACAUUGUUCGAAUCGGGCGGUAUAACGCCUGUCACCAACACGCAUUAUGUGCUGCCCGAUGACGAGUAUGAUGAUGAUGGGAGGAAGCGCUUAAACUCUACCCCGACGGCACCAGAGGUAGACAGUAUUCUACACGCUGAACAUCUAAGCAACAGCCUCACUUCUUUCCCAACCAUCAGACCACAACAGAUCAGAGAGCAGCACAUCCCCGAUGGCAUCCGAGGAUGGGUCAAGAUCGCCGAACUCCAAUCGAAACGCGCCGCAAACUUCGUCUCAUCAAAGAUCAACGCCGUCAUCAGGAGUAUAUUCAACACCCUCCCCUUCCCCGUGCAGAGGGUUCUCGCCAAGUUCUACAGAGGCGCCGCGCGCUUCGGCAACGGCCUAUGGGAAUUCAUGAACCCCCCUCUCUGGGCCAUGCUCCUCGCCGGCAUCGUUGCCACCAUCCCCUCCCUCCAGCGCCUCUUUUUCCAAGAAGGCUCCUUCGUCGCCAACUCCGUCACCCGCGCCAUCACGCAGUCCGGCGGCGUUGCCGUCCCCCUCAUCCUCGUCGUCCUCGGCGCCAACCUCGCCCGCAACACCCUCCCGCAGACCGCACUGGAGGCGGACAGCGAGGAGAACCAGAUUGGGACGAAGCUCUUGGUUGCUUCGCUGAUCAGCCGCAUGCUCCUCCCGACCUUGAUCAUGGCGCCGUUCUUGGCGAUGAUGGCCAAGUAUCUGCCGAUUAGCAUUGUGGAUGAUCCGAUCUUUAUUAUUGUCUGCUUCUUGCUUACGGGCGCGCCGAGCGCGCUGCAGUUGGCGCAGAUUUGCCAGAUUAAUGGGGUUUAUGAGGCGGUUAUGAGCAAGAUUUUGUUUCAGAGCUAUGUUAUUUGGAUUUUGCCUUCGACGCUCAUGUUGGUCAUGUGUGCGCUUGAGGUUGUGGAAUGGGCGAAGCCUAUGAGUCCUUGAUGAGUGAGCAUGGGGCUUCGUUGCCUUUGUCUGACCUUUUGCAUGUUGUGGGGUACCGUACCUUUGUUCGGUUGAUAGAUCAAAAGCAAAAAAGUACAUGCAGGAAUAUGAUUCGGGGUAGGAAGAAGCAAGGAAACAAUGAACGGCUGGUAUGGGAAUAAAUGGAUACCCCUUUAUUGUAUGUGUACUUUAGUUUUUUGGUUACACGAAUAUGUGGUUUAGCAGCAGCAGUGUUUAGAGAGAUUAUAAUACUCUUACCAGAUGUGUGACCUCAUCUCUCUCAUGUGUAACCAAAACUGUAGUACAGACCUCUUAUUAUUGA